CUCCCUCAUUGUUCUAGGUUCUGAGGCCGCGGAAGAGGGGCGUGCGCACUUUGGCCGUUCUGCGCAGGCGCUGCGAAGGUCUGGUUCUCUGCAGUCUCGCUUCCAAGACACACCCCCUUGGUUGAGUGAGUGACGUCAGGUUAAAGCCAACGGGACGCGUCCCGGCAUCUCUAAAUCACGGCGUUCUGGCCUCUUCGGCCUCCGUCCACCGCGGCUUAGCGUCGAGCUUCUCCGCGACUGACCCACUGCCACCGACUGCACGCUCCCGUGGGUCGGCUCUGCUCGCCAUGCCUCCGCCGCAGGGUGACGUGACCGCCUUAUUCCUCGGGCCUCCGGGCUUGGGAAAGUCUGCGCUGAUCACAGCGCUGUGCGACAAGGAUGUGGAGACCCUCGAGGCCCCUGAGGGACGGCCGGACUCUGGGGUCCCCAGCCUGAGAGCUGCGGGCCCGGGCCUUUUUCUGGGCGAGCUGAGCUGUCCACCCGCAGCGCCGGGGCCCUGGGCGGCGGAAGCCAACUUGCUGGUACUGGUGCUGCCGGGACCUGAGGGCAACGGCGAACCCUUGGCCCCAGCCCUGGGAGAGGCAGCGCGGGCCGCCCUGGCCCGAGGGACGCCGCUACUGGCUGUGCGGAACCUCCGUCCUGGGGAUUCACAGAAUGCCACCGAGGCCCGUGAUCAGACUGCAGCUCUGCUGAACAGCGCUGGGUUAGGAGCCGCGGAUCUGUUUGUGCUACCGGCGAACUGUGGCAGCUGCGACGGCUGUGAGGAGCUAGAGCGCCUCCGGGUGGCACUGCAGAGCCAGGCAGAAGCGCUGAGGAGGCUCCUGCCACCGGCCCAGGAUGGUUUCGAGGUGCUAGGUGCAGCAGAGCUGGAGGCUGUGCGCGAGGCCUUUGAGACCGGCGGCCUGGAGGCUGCGCUGUCGUGGGUACGCUCAGGCCUGGAGCGCCUGGGCAGUGCACGGCUAGACCUGGCCGUGGCCGGCAAGGCUGAUGUGGGCCUUGUGCUGGACAUGCUGCUCGGAUUGGAUCCUGGCGACCCAGGUGCUGCGCCUGCUUCGGUGCCCAUGGGACCCACUCCCUUCCCGGCCCCAGAGCGCCCGAAUGUGGUGCUCUGGACUGUGCCUCUGGAUCCCGCGGGCACUGCCACCACCCCCGCUGCCACCUCCCACUCUUCGCACUACGACGCCCUCAUCCUCGUCACCCCUGGGGCCCCCACUGAGAAGGACUGGGCCCAGGUCCAGGCCUUGGUGCUACCAGAUGCGCCUCUCGUCUGCGUGCGCACAGACGGCGAGGGUGAGGAUCCGGAGUGUGUGGGAGAAGGCAAGAUGGAGAAACCCAGCGGAGAGAGCUUAAAGAAUGCGGGCGGAGGGGGACUGGAGAAUGCACUCAGUAAGGGAAGGGAGAAAUAUAGCACUGGAUCGCAGAAAGCAGGCAGCAGGGAAGGUUCUGGGAAAGCUGGCAGCGAGGGUUUGCAGCAGGUUGUUGGCAUGAAGAAAUCGGGCGGUGGGGACUCAGAGCGGGCCGCCGCGUUAAGCCCAGAGGACGAGAUGUGGGAGGUGCUGGAGGAGGCACCGCCGCCAGUGUUUCCCCUACGGCCUGGCGGACUCCCAGGGCUGUGCGAAUGGAUGCGGCGAGUGCUCCCCCCAGCCCAGGCAGGGGCGCUGCUGCUGGCGCUGCCACCAGCGUCUCCCAGCGCUGCCCGAACCAAGGCUGCGGCACUACGAGCCGGGGCGUGGAGGCCAGCUCUGCUGGCUAGCCUGGCGGCUGCGGCAGCACCACUCCCAGGACUGGGCUGGGCAUGCGACAUAGCGCUUCUGCGGGGUCAGCUGGCCGAAUGGCGACGGGGCCUAGGGCUGGAACCCGCGGCGCUGGCUCGACGUGAGCGCGCUCUGGGCCUGGCUCCUGGUGAGCUGGCAGCGCGUGCUCGUUUCCCAGGCCCAGUGACGCGCGCUGAGGUGGAAGCAAGGCUGGGCGCGUGGGCGGGUGAGGGCACUGCUGGGGGCGCAGCACUGGGCGCGCUCUCCUUCCUGUGGCCUGCUGGUGGCGCAGCGGCGACAGGUGGCCUGGGCUACCGAGCGGCUCAUGGCGUCCUGCUGCAGGCACUCGAUGAGAUGCUGGCUGAUGCUGAGGCCGUGCUGGCACCCCCUGAGUCUGCACAGUGAGGGGUGGGAUGGGGGCUAGACUCCCCCAAGUUUCACCUCAAGGGGAGGGGGCUUGGGAAUCCAGAUUCUGGCAGGGGUUGUCUGGGCUUAAUUCUGGGUGCUUGAAGGGGAGGUGGACUCUGACAUCUAGCUGGGAUAUGUGAUUUCUCAUCACCUGGAUUCAGAGAGUCUAGAGGACAGGAAUCCUGAUUUCUUUGGUAACUAUGGGGCAUGACAUCCAGACCCUUCAGUACUGAAGGGAGGUGGUGGCCAGGACUCUGGAAGGGACUAUGUCUUUGUCUCCCAGGGAGUAGAAACUGGAGUUAUUGGAUGUUUAGUCCUCCAGUGGAGGAGGGUAGAAGUCCUGUUUCCUAAUUGGUGGGGAGAUGUCCAUGACUGGGAUUUGAGCUCCAGUAUAGGGGUGGGAGACCUGAGCACCCCAGGGAACUGAAACUCAUGGGCUUCAGAGCCUCAGGGAAACAGGGUCUACAUUUCUCUUGGAGAAAAAGCCUGUACACAGGUCCCCAAGGAGCAGUGGGCUUUGAAUCUUUAUGGGGUUGAGGAGGCCUCUGGGGUCUUGGCCUCCUGGGUUCCAAGAUGGCUGGGGACCUUGGUUCCUAAUUCUUGGGUCUGGGGAGGUCUGCAUCUGGAGGAGGGAUUGAGGGCUUGUGGGAGAAAGCUGGAGACCUCUUGAUCACUCCUGGGGAGUAGAUGGGUUUCUACUAAUUGCCCUCCAAAAGUCUGUUUGUAGAGACAGUGGUCCCACAAAAAUGAGGUGAGGUACGUAAGAGAUCUGGGCAGGGUGGGCUCUGAGAGUAGCUGGGGACCAGGAAUGAGGCCUUCUGGGUGUGAAAGGGCAGGAAAGCAAACCUCAGAGAUAGAGCUCCUGCAGACCUUGUGUUGGGAUCCCAGCAACUGCCUCUGUGAGUGUGACUGGGAAGGGAUGUAACUGCCUUCACUUUCUAGGUGCAGAGCAAUUCAGGUGAUCUCUGGGGAGUCUGUUCCUGUGUCUCUUUUCUUUAGGGGUUUCUAUCUGUUUUUGGCCUCGGUUUCUCCUGUCAUUUAACCAUAACCUUUUCUGACCUUGGUGUUUUGUGCACCUUCCUUUUUGGAAGAGCAGCUGUACUCCUGCACUGGUCCCAACACUUCUGUGUGGCUACCUCAGGUAUCUCCAAGAGGCUCUGCUUUCUGGUGUACAUAGAGGGUGCUGCAUUGAGCCAGGGGCUCACCAAAUGGGUGGGCAGGCAUUCAAGACCAUGGGAAUAUGCCAGGAGUGAGUGAAGCAAAGGCAGAAACCAUGGUGCCUGGAAUGUUCUAGGCCGCUAGCUAUAUGUAGGGGGAAAGCUGCAGAUUACAGAAUUCUUCAGCGUCAGAAACAGAAAAGGAGGAUCUGAAAAUCCAAACGAAGUCCAGUUAGGGGCGGCUUGAGGCCCAACAGCACACAGUAAGGCCCUGCAGGUCUGGCCCUUGCCUGUUCUCAUUCCCUGCCCCUUCCCACCCCCAUCAGCCUGAUAGGCUUUCCGUUUUUUUUUUUUGAGAUGGAGUUUUGCUCUGUUGCCCGGGCUGAAGUGCAGGGACAUGAUCUCCGCUCACUUCAAGCUCAGCCUCCUGAGUAGCUGAGAUGACAGGCACGGCCCACCACAUCUGGGUAAUUUUUGUAUUUUUAGUAGAGACAGGGUUUCACCAUGUUGGCCAGGCUGGUCUUGAACUCUUGACCUCAGGUGAUACACCUGCCUCAGGCUCCCAAAGUGUUGGAUUACAGGCGUGAGCCAUCAUGCCCACCGGAUUUUCUUUGUGAUGCCUGAGUGGCCACCUUGAGUCCUGCCUGGGAACCCUUGCCCCUGCUGUUCUCUUUCCUGCAAGGCUCCUCUCACAACUUCCUGUUCUACUCUUAAACCUACCUUUCUGUGACUGGCUCAGUCAGAUCUCAGCUCAAAUAUCCCCUCAAAGAGAACUUCCCCUCCCUGAACACCCUAUCUGAAGUAGCUCACAUCCCCCAUUAGUCAUUCCUGCCAGUUGAAUUUCCUUGUAGCAAUUAUUACUAUGAAAAACGAUCUUAUUUAUUUACCUGUUUAUUGGUGUUUCAACCAUUGCCUGUCCUGUUCUUUAUCGUUCCCCCAGCAUCUAGAACAAUAGCUGCCUGACACAAUAGGUGCUUGGUAACUAUUUAUUAUUAUUAUGUUAGAGACAGGGUCUUGCUCUGUUGUCCAGGCUGGAAUACAGUGGCAUGACCGAGAUUCACUGCUACCUCCAACUCCUGGGCUCAAAUGAUCCUCACACCUCUGCCUACUGAGUAGCUGGGACUAUAGGUGCACACCACCAGAUGUUUUGUAGAGACAGGUUUUGGUUUGUAGCCCACGCUAGUGUUGAACUCCUGGCCUCAAGCGAUCCUCGCACCUUGAUGGGAUUACAGGUAUGAACCACCAGACACCCAGCCUAAAUGUUUAUCUCAUUGAUCAGUGGCAGAACUAGGAUUGGAAUUUAGAUUGUUGAUCUCUUGCCACAAGAUAGGAAAAUGGAGCAAGAUGGGGAGAAACAAACAUUUAAUAGGAAAGAACGCCCUUGUCCAAGGUCAGGGGACCUGGGAAGCAAGCAUGGCUUUGCCGCUGUCACUGUGUGUGACUUGGACAGUGCCUUAUUUUCCCAUCUGUGAAAUGAAAGAGCUAGAGAAGAACCUUAAAUCGUUUUGAGAUCCUGUCUCCCUUAAAAGCUGAAGACAAGGGUAACUGAUCCGAGGGCAGAUACCUGAGGGAUGGUACCACCGUCUCUAGCUUGGACUCCUCCCACCACUGACACUGUCCCAUCAAAGCUGAGAUAUCCUCCAUGGGGAAGAGUGCUUGGUUCUAUACUGAAUGGCUCAAGGCAUUUUCAUGAAAGCUCUUAGCUUUAGGGGAAGAAGAUUCAUAUCUGUAAUAUCUAGUACACUCCUUUAUAGCCCUCAUAUUAGGGUCUAAGCCCUGGCAAUCAGGCGUGUCACCCAUGUGAUGGAAUGGGAGGGCUGCAGGGCAGCACUGUCCAGCAGAAACAAAAUUCAAGCCACAUAUGUCAUUUUAAGUUUUUGUGUGUGUGACAGUCUUGCUCUGUCACCCAGGCUGGAGUACGGUGGUGUGAUCUCAGCUCACUGCGAUCUCCUCCUGGGUUCAAGCGAUCCUGCCUAAGCUUCCUGAGUAGCUGGGACUACAGGCAUGUGCCGUCACACCUGGCUAAUUUUUGUAUUUUUAGUAGAGAUGGGGUUUCACCAUGUUAGCCAAGCUGGUCCCAAACUCCUGGCCUCAAGUUAUCCACCCACCUCAGUCUCCCAAAGUGCUGAAAUUACAGGCAAGUUUUCUAAUAGCCACAUUAGACAAUUAAAAGGAAACAGGUUAAGUUUAUUUUAAUAUGUUUUACUUAACUCAAUAUAUCCAAAAUAGCAUUUUAGCAUGUCCAAUAUUUUUUAAAUGAGUUACUUUACAUUGUUUUAUGCUGUCUUCAAAACCUGGUGUAUAUUUUAGACUUACACCACAUCUCAAUUACCAUGAUACAUUUUAAUCUGAAAUGCUUGACCUGUGUUUCAAAUUCAUAAAAUUCAUAUUUGGAGAAGUAGAUUUACAUAUCCCAGUUCCAAUUAUAUAAUAGUUUUCCAAAAACUGAAGUGGUUGUCCAUUUUUUAAAAGUAGAGUUGGGGGUCUCAUAAAGUUGACCAAGUUGGUUUUGGUUUUUGUUUUGUUUUUUCAGGCAGAGUCUCACUUUGUCACCCAGACUGGAGUGCAGUGGCGUGACCUUGGCUCACUGCAAUCUCCACCUCCCAGGAUCAAGUCAUUCUCUUGCAUCAGCCUCCUGAGUUGCUGGGACUACAGGCGUGUGCCACCACGCCCGGCUAAUUUUUGUUUGUUUUUAGUAGAGACGGGAUUUCACCAUGUUGGCCAGGCUGGUCUCGAACGCCUGACCUCAGGUGAUCCACCCACCUCAGCCUCCCGAAGUGCUAGGGUUACAUUUAUGAGCCAUCACGCUACCACCAAGCUGGUUUUGCACCCCUGGCCUCAAGUGAUCCUCCCACCUCUGCCUUCCAAAGUGUUGGGAUUACAGGCAUGGUCCACCCUACCUGGCUUAGCUGUUCAAUUAAAAGUAAAUAAAAUUUAAGAUUCUAUGUCUCAUUGGCAAUAGAACAACAUUUCAAAUAGUAGCCAUGUGUGAUCAGUGGCUACAGUAUUGGACAGUGCAGAUACAACUUCCAUCAGCUGGAAAUUCUGUCAGCCUAGCUCUCGGGGCGGGUAGUCCUUCAACUGACUUGAGCAUGUGACUCCACAAAUGGCCUCUACCUCCGGUGGUUAUGGUGAGAAACAAGCAUAUGUAUGUACAUACAUGCAGACAACAUGUGCACAUACUCAUAACAUAUUACACCCUUUCGUGAGAAGCCUCACACACUGGGAGCUCAAACUUGAGUGCCACCCAGCCCAGGGCAUCACCAAGAUGGCUCUAGUCUGGGCGCCUUUUGUCUCAUCCCAUGCCUUUGCUCAGAAUGUGCCCCUCCUUUUUCCGCCACUUUGACACCGUCUCUGAUUUGGUCCUGUCUGACAUCACUGCUAUAUGCUUUGCUGCUCUAAAUUUCCCCUGCCCUCAUGCCAGCAGGAGUCAUGCCAGAGAUCAUAUCUGAGAAAGCAAGACAAUUGUGUGUGUGUGUGUGUGUGUGUGUGUGUGUGUGUGGGUGGUGUGUGUCUGCCCAUAGAGGAGUGCUGGUUGUGUUGAUACAGUUGGUUGUGUUUAUAUAGUUGUAUAUAUUGACACCCUUGAGUGUUAGGGCUCUUUGUGAGGGUGUUCACCUUUUAAAUCAUGACUUUCAACGGGAUUGAAUUUUAGUCUUUGUGAAGACAUAUGGUUGUCAAUAGGCAUCUGUCUCUAGGAGCAUCCAAGCAGAAAAGACUAAGACUCUCGUGUAGACAGAUCACUGGCCACCAUCAAAGUGUGUCUAUGGCACCACAGGGCUGGAAGACUCUCAAAGGCAGGAAUUCAAGGAAAUUGAUGAUGAAUUUUGGAAUUGCCCUCAGAAGCAGAACAGGCAUGGAAAACUUGGGUGAAUGGGUGAGACAGCCUCAUCACCACAGCAGAGUUCCAUACAUUCCUGGAUAAUGGUGGAGGGGUUUGUGUCCACUGCAGUGGGGAACCAUGAAGGACACAUCAAAGAUACGGUUGGCCUGUGGUGCCCUUUGGAGGAAUGAAUAAAAAUGAAUAGAAAUCCUA